CCUGGGUUUUCCUCAUCUUCUUCCGUCAUCCCUUCAUUAAUGCAUGUAUUGGUGCUUUAGUUUUGAAUUCUCUCCCUGAAUUGUUCUCCUCUUCUUGUUGUUGUGGUGCUUGGUUGAAGCUUGGUGAUGGAAAAUGGAAGUAAUGGGUUGCCUUUGAUCUAUUUUCAGGGGUGAGAGACUGAUGGAACAGUUUGUGGUGAUGAAGUGAUUCUGGUUUCUGGUAAUACUUGAGAAAUUUGCGGGUUCUCUCUUGUAUAGCGCCAAUGUUGUUGCUGGGGAGACUUCUUUGGUCACUGGUUCUGUUUGGUCUUCUCGGUGGGGCAGAGCUUCGCUCUGCAAAAGCCAUGCCUCGACGGAUUCUUUUGGAUUCAGAUGUUGAUACUGAUGAUUUCUUUGCACUCUUGUAUCUGUUGAAGCUAAACCAAUCAGAAUUCCAGUUGCAGGCUGUUACUAUCACUCCCAAUUCAUGGAAUGAAGCUGGGCAUGCUGUGAAUCAAGUGUACGACCUUCUCUAUAUGAUGGGUCGGGACGACAUUCAGGUUGGAGUUGGAGGCGACGGUAUUAUAUUACAAGAUGGCACCAUAUUUCCAAAUGUUGGUGGAUAUCUUCCUAUAAUUGAACAGGGCAACUCAACAGCAGGAGCUUGUAGGUACAGACAAUCUAUACCUGUAGGGCGGUUUGGGGGACGGUUGGAUAUUGCUACAAAUUAUGGCAUACGAAGAGGCCUUCUUCCGCAGGGAGACAGGAAAUAUUCCCCUCUUUGCCAGCCCACUGCUCAAGAAGUUUUGAUAGACACAAUAUCCAAGGGCCCCAUAACUCUAUUUAUGAUUGGGACACAUACUAACAUUGCCAUUUUCCUUAUGACUAAUCCUCAUCUGAAGAAAAAUAUUGAGCACAUUUAUGUGAUGGGUGGUGGUGUGAGGUCGAAAAACCCGACGGGUUGUUGCCCAAAGAAUGCCAGCUCCUCUUGCAAGCCGCGCCAGUGUGGUGACCAUGGAAAUCUGUUUACGGCCUACACUAGUAAUUCUAAUGCAGAGUUUAAUAUGUUUCAAGAUCCUUUUGCAGCAUACCAGGUUUUCCAUUCUGGCAUCCCAAUUACCCUUGUUCCCCUGGAUGCGACAAACACAAUCCCCGUAACUGAGAAGUUCUUUAUGGAAUUUGAAAAGAGACAGCAAACAUAUGAGGCAGAGUACUGCUUCCAGUCCUUAAAAAUGAUCCGUGAUACUUGGUUUGAUAACCAAUUUUAUGCGAGCUAUUUCAUGUGGGAUUCACUUACCUCUGGUGUAGCAGUGUCAAUCAUGCAUAAUUUGCAUAAACGUGAUGGGGAAAAUGAAUUUGCUGAGAUGGAAUAUAUUAAUAUAACUGUUGUUACUUCAAACAAACCAUAUGGAGUAUUUGACGGCUCAAAUCCACUUUUUGACGACCGUUUAAUGCCAGAGUUUCAUCUACAGAAGAGUGGAGUGCAUAGUGGUCAUGUCAUGACCGGAAUUGAGGAUCCAUUUUGCGUUGUGGACAACGGAAAUGGAAAAGGGAAAUGUGAGGAUGGUUAUACAAAGGAGAUAAAUGGUUCAGAGGCUGUGCGUGUUCUUGUUGCUACAAAGGCAAAACCAAAUAAAGAUAUUAACAGCCCACUUGACAGAGAAUAUUUCAAAAGUUUCUUGGAUGUUUUGAAUCUCCCUCAGGGAACUGGGAGAUUUAAUUUUACAACACAGUUUCCUUAUUAUAAAGAAGUUAAUUACAGGCCAGAUUUUGGGAAUAGAAAAUUGGGGAAACCUGUUGUGUUCGACAUGGAUAUGAGUGCUGGAGAUUUUGUAGCUCUGAUCUAUCUCCUAAAAGUACCUGUCGAAGUUAUCAAUCUCAAGGGAAUAUUAGUAAGUCCUACUGGCUGGGCGAAUGCUGCUACCAUAGAUAUCAUAUAUGAUGUACUACAUAUGAUGGGCCGUGAUGACAUCCCAGUUGGUCUUGGCGAUGUAUAUGCAAUUAACCAAACUUAUGGAGACUGCAGGUACACCAAAGCUAUUCCAAAUGGUAGUGGUGGAUUUAUAGACUCUGAUACACUUUAUGGGCUUGCUCGCAAUUUGCCACGUAGCCCUAGAAGGUAUACAGCAGAAAACUCUGUGAAAUAUGGAGCUCCUAGAGAUACUGAUCACCCCGAACUUAGACAACCCCUAGCUUUAGAAGUUUGGAAGAACAUUUCAGAAUCACUGGAUCCAGGGUCAAAAAUUACUAUAUUGACCAAUGGACCUUUGACAAAUUUGGCAAAUAUUAUUAUUUCAGAGAAGAAUUUCAGCUCGGUGAUUCUGAAUAUAUACAUAGUUGGGGGACACUUCAGCUAUGACAAUAUGGAUCAUGGAAAUGUCUUCAUAGUUCCUUCAAACAAGUAUGCAGAACUAAACAUGUUUCUUGACCCUUUGGCUGCAAAGACGGUCUUCAACUCGGAACUCAACAUCACACUCAUCCCCCUUGGUGUUCAACGGAAAGUAAAUUCUUUUCGUAAGAUUCUGGAAAGUUUGAAGCUCACAAAGAGGACUCCUGAAGCUGUGUUUACCUACCGUUUACUGUCAACGCUAUAUCAUUUGCAGCAUAAGUAUCAAUUAUAUCAUCAUAUGGAUAUAUUCCUAGGAGAAAUCCUUGGUGCAACAAUAGCAGCUGGUAAUGAUCCGCAUCAAGUCUUGCAAGUCAAGCCCGUCAAGGUCAUCACUGUGGGUGAUGAAUCCAAAGACGGACAAAUUGUCAUUGAUAAAAAGCAAGGGAAAUUAGUCAAAAUAUUGGAAAGUGUGAAUCCAAUGGAGUAUUAUGAUCACUUUGCAAAACUACUUGGUGAUAAAUUGCAAUCUGCUGUGAUUGGCAGCUUUGAUGAGCAGAAAGUAAUAUGGAGUACACCAUCAAAUCAAACUAUGAAUAAUUAGUAAGGGAAAAGCUGAAGUAUUCUCCAACAAUAGUAAUGUAUUCAUUUUCCUUUGUCGAUAUACAAUAGUCUUGACUUGUAUUGCUUCAGAUUUCUUCAAUCAGUGACUUUUAGAAGAUCAGUUGCUGAAUGGCUAAAAGAAAUAAAAAUUUCCCACCUGAUUUUUUU